UGUCACAACAAACAAGGAGAAAGCUUUUUCCUGUCUCUUCGAUUUACCAAUGCCUCAUCAGAAGCUUUCAGCUCUUAUUGAUGCCAUCUGCAGUUUUGUUAUCUGCAAUGACUCUUCCCUUCGCGGUCAGCCCAUUAUCUUCAAUCCUGACUUUUUUGUGGAGAAACUCCGACAUGAGAAGCCUGAGGUGUUCACCGAGCUGGUGGUCAGCAAUAUCACGAGGCUGAUCGAUCUACCUGGGACGGAGCUGGCCCAGCUGAUGGGGGAAGUGGACCUGAAGCUGCCUGGCGGGGCUGGCCCAGCGUCAGGGUUCUUCCGGUCCCUGAUGUCUCUUAAGCGGAAGGAAAAAGGAGUGGUGUUUGGAUGUCCAUUGACGGAGGAAGGCAUUGCCCAGAUAUACCAACUGAUUGAAUAUCUACACAAAAACUUGCGAGUGGAGGGUUUGUUUAGAGUGCCAGGAAACAGUGUCCGACAGCAGAUGUUAAGGGAUGCUCUCAACAAUGGAGCUGACAUUGACCUGGAAUCAGGGGAGUUUCACUCGAAUGAUGUUGCCACUCUGCUGAAGAUGUUUCUAGGAGAGUUGCCAGAGCCUCUGCUGACACAUAAGCAUUUUAAUGCACACCUCAAGAUUGCUGAUUUGAUGCAAUUCGAUGGUAAGGGAAACAAGACCGACAUACCUGAUAAGGACCGGCAAAUCGAGGCUCUCCAGCUGCUCUUCCUCAUCCUCCCUCCUCCCAAUCGUAACUUGCUGAAGUUGUUGCUCGAUCUCCUGUACCAGACGGCAAAGAAACAAGAUAAGAAUAAGAUGUCUGCCUAUAACCUUGCCCUCAUGUUUGCACCCCAUGUCCUGUGGCCAAAAAAUGCCACUGCAAAUGACCUCCAGGAGAACAUCACCAAGUUAAACAAUGGGAUGGCUUUCAUGAUUAAACACUCCCAGAAACUUUUUAAGGCUCCUGCCUACAUUCGGGAAUGUGCCAGAUCACACUAUUCUAGAACUCAAGCAUCAAAGGAUGACCUUGAUCUGACAACUUCAUGUCACACUAAGUCCUUUCAGCUGGCAAAAUCUCAGAAACGGAGUCGGGAGGAUUCCUGCUGCCCUCAGGAGGAAACCCAGCAGCGGACGGAGGAGGCGCUCAGAGAGCUGUUCCAGCACGUCCAUAGUAUGCCCGAGUCAGCGAAGAAGAAGCAGCUUAUCAGACAGUUUAACAAGCAGGCUUUGACACAAACACCAGGGCGAGAACCUUCCACACCACGGGUGCAGAGGCGGGUGCGCUCACGCUCCUUCAGUGGCCUUAUUAAGGUGGGUGCUGUGCCUUUCAGCUCUGCUCUGAGGAAGUUUGACGCUCUGAUAUUUUUUGGCAUGAACAGUUUUCUUCUGUUCUUUGGGCUCCUGUAA